AUGGCAAGCCCAACUGGCUACUCCAUAAACGUUAAUGAUCCCAGCUUGAUCUCGCUGGUCAACAAGCUGCAGGAUGUCUUCUCUACCGUCGGAGUGCACAACCCCAUCGACCUGCCACAGAUCGCUGUCGUCGGAUCGCAGUCCAGCGGAAAGAGUUCAGUACUAGAGAAUAUCGUCGGCCGGGAUUUCCUUCCUCGUGGUUCGGGCAUUGUGACCCGGAGACCCCUUAUUCUGCAACUCAUCAACAAGCCCGCGAGCUCGCAAACGAAUGGUGAAAAGAAGCUGGAGACAUCGGACAGCGAGGCCAAUGUCGACGAAUACGGUGAAUUCCUCCACCUGCCCGGCGAGAAGUUCUUCGACUUCAACAAGAUCCGCGAUGAGAUUGUGCGUGAAACAGAGACCAAGGUCGGCAAGAACGCCGGUAUCUCGCCCAUUCCGAUCAACCUGCGCAUCUACUCCCCCAACGUCCUCACCCUGACCCUCGUCGAUCUGCCCGGUUUGACCAAAGUGCCUGUUGGAGACCAGCCCAAGGACAUUGAGCGCCAGAUUAAGGAUAUGGUGCUCAAGUACAUCAGCAAGCCCAACGCUAUUAUCUUGGCCGUGACCGCGGCCAACCAGGACCUGGCCAACUCCGAUGGUCUUAAGCUGGCUCGUGAGGUAGACCCGGAGGGACAACGCACCAUUGGUGUGUUGAGUAAGGUCGAUCUGAUGGACGAGGGCACCGACGUUGUGGAUAUUCUCGCUGGACGGAUUAUCCCUCUGCGCCUGGGAUAUGUUCCCGUCGUCAACCGUGGCCAGCGUGACAUUGAGAAUAAAAAACCCAUUGCCUACGCUCUGGAGAACGAGAAGAAUUUCUUCGAGAACCACAAGGCGUACCGGAAUAAGGCCUCUUAUUGUGGUACACCAUACCUGGCGCGGAAAUUGAACUUGAUCCUGAUGAUGCACAUUAAGCAAACCCUCCCCGACAUCAAGGCUCGAAUUUCCUCCUCCCUCCAGAAGUACACCUCCGAGCUGUCACAGCUUGGCGAUUCGAUGCUCGGCAACAGCGCAAACAUUAUCCUCAACAUCAUCACCGAGUUCAGCAACGAGUACCGCACUGUCUUGGAAGGAAAUAACCAGGAGCUGUCUAGCAUCGAGUUGUCCGGUGGUGCUCGUAUCAGCUUUGUGUUCCACGAGCUGUACUCCAACGGUGUCAAGGCUGUGGAUCCCUUCGACAUGGUCAAGGACAUCGACAUUCGCACCAUUCUGUACAACUCCUCAGGAUCUUCUCCCGCCCUGUUCGUUGGAACCACUGCGUUCGAGUUGAUCGUGAAGCAGCAGAUCAAGCGCCUGGAGGACCCAAGCACUAAGUGUAUCUCGCUUGUCUACGAUGAGCUGGUGCGCAUCUUGGGCCAGCUUCUGAACAAGUCGCUGUUCCGCCGUUACCCUAUGCUGAAGGAGAAGUUCCACGCUGUGGUGAUUGCUUUCUUCAAGAAGUGCAUGGACCCUACCAACAAACUGGUCAAGGAUCUGAUCAACAUGGAAGCCACUUAUAUCAACACUGGUCACCCUGACUUCCUCAACGGUCACCGAGCUAUGACUAUUGUGAACGAGCGCCAGGCUGCCGCCAAGCCCACACAGGUCGACCCGAAGACCGGCAAGCCUCUGCCACCCCGCGCACAGAGCCCGUCCUUGGACACUACUGGCGAGGCUAACACUGGUGGUGGAUUCUUCGGCAGUUUCUGGGCUUCGAAGAACAAGAAGAAGAUGGCUGCCAUGGAAGCUCCCCCGCCUACCCUGAAGGCCUCUGCUAGCUUGUCUGAGAGGGAAGCCACCGAGGUUGAGGUUAUCAAGCUGCUCAUCACCUCCUACUUCAACAUCGUGAAGCGUACAAUGAUCGACAUGGUCCCUAAGGCCGUCAUGUACACCUUGGUGCAAUUCACCAAGGAUGAGAUGCAGCGCGAGCUGCUGGAGAACAUGUACCGUAACAACGAGCUGGAUGACCUGCUCAAGGAGAGCGACUACACCAUCCGCCGGCGGAAGGAAUGCCAGCAAAUGGUGGAGAGCCUGGGCCGUGCCAGCGAGAUCGUCAGCCAGGUGCAGUAA